AUGUCUCCCAACGUUCUUACCGAGAAGUCCACCAACACGCCCAUUGUCGCUAAGACCGACUCGGCCACCAAGGAGGUUAAGAGCAUGGAGUACCACCGUCAGGUCCUGCAGGACAAGAUGGCCCAGGAGAACUCCAAGGACUACAUCUCCCCUUCUGACAACAUCAUGAGCCCCUGCACCGCCAAGCUCAACGCCCUCCGCAACAAGCAGGUUGGCAAGGUCAAGCCCAAGUCUCUCUUUGCCCAGGCGUCCGCCAAGAAGGUUGGUGGCAGCAACCUCUUCAGCUCCAAAACCGCUUCACCCAAGGAGAACGCCUUUUGA